AUGCUCGGUGGUUGUAGUGACUACUACAACUUAUCAAUGUUUCCAAUCCUCCUUUCCAAUGCCUCGGCACUACCACCACUACUACCCACAACGAUAACAGCAACAACAAUAACAACUACGCAUCUCUCGACUCUUCCUUUUGAGCUUAUGAUACACGAUUCGGCGCACUUCAAUGCAUGGAGGUCUUUGGGCUGGGUAUAUGAAAAGCUUUAUGACCGGCGUUAUCUGUGA